AUGUUUCGUCUCGGUGCUGCUACAGCGGCCCUUGUGGGUGCGGUGUACGCUCAGAACUCGUCGUCACUGCCGACUGUUGACCUAGGCUACCAAGUCUACCGCGCUUCGGGAUUUAAUGAAACCGGCAACUUCUACAACUUUUCGAAUAUUCGAUAUGCUGCUCCUCCUGUUGGUGAGCUGAGAUGGGCACCGCCCCAGGCUCCAGCAACGAACCGGUCAGCAAUCAACAACGGUGAUGAAGCAAGGAUUUGCCCACAGGCUACUGGCGCAUGGGGGGCAACUGUUGCAGCGUCGUUGGUUGCGCAAGCACUAGGACAACCGCCAGUUCCCUAUGUACCAUCAGGAGCCAAUGCCAGCGCCGUAGUCCCACCACCUGAUCCUCGAGAAUCAGAAGAUUGCCUCUUCCUCGACGUUUUUGUGCCCGAGGAUGUCUUCGAGAAUGCCGGUAAAGGAUUCGGAGCUCCAGUUCUCGUAUGGAUUUACGGUGGUGGAUACACCGGAGGAUCAAAGAAUGCUAACCCCGCCGGUCUGCUUGCUGCUUCUGGAAACUCGACUAAUGGAGAUGUCAUUUACGUUGCCAUGAACUAUCGCCUGGGUGCUUUGGGCUGGAUGGGAGGUCCAUCUUUCCAGUCGGAGGGAGGUACAUCUAAUCUAGGCUUGUACGACCAGCGUAUGGCGCUCGAGUGGGUCCAAGAAAACAUUCAUCUUUUCGGCGGCGACAAGAACCGAGUUACAGUUUUCGGAGAGAGUGCAGGUGGAGGUUCCAUCAUGCACCAGAUUACCGCAUACGGAGGUUCCAAGGGCCCAGCUCCCUUCCAGCAAGCGAUUCCGCAGAGCCCUGGUUGGCAGCCAGUCAACUCCCUUAUUACCCAGGAGACUGUAUACGAUAGGUUUCUCAACCUAACUGGCGUUACGUCUCUGGCUGAGCUCCGCGCCCUGUCAUCUGACGACGUCAUUCGCGCCAAUGCUCAGCAAGUCAUUUAUGACUCCCCGUAUGGCUCCUAUACUUAUGGACCCGUCGUGGAUGGAGACUUCGUUCCGCUCCAACCCGGCCUGCUCCUGGCACAGGGACGAUUCGACAAGGACGUACGCGUCAUGAUUGGUUACAAUGCCGACGAAGGAGCCGUCUUUACGCCUACUUCAGUUAACACCUCCACUGCGCUACGAACCCAGCUCGGAAAAUCAUAUGCCAAUGCGCCGCAGUCAACGAUUGACUAUAUUGUAGACACCUUGUACCCACCGGUUUUCGACGGCUCCCUGGGUUACCGAAACGACUACGAGCGUAGUAAACUGAUCGUUGCCGAGAGCGCCUUUACUUGCAACACCUACUACCUCUCAGAGGCAUAUGGAAACGAGACAUAUGUCUAUCUCUUCGCCGUUCCUCCAGCUUUACACGGACAGGACGUGCCAUAUACUUAUUACGACGGCGGAGCUCUUUCUAAUAGCGUCACCAACGCUACUGUUGCCAGGGCUCUGCAAGAUUUCAUUACAAGCUUUGCCGAAACAGGUGUCCCAGAUGCGGUUGGCGUCAAAGAAUUCAACAUGUACGGGCCGAACGCAACCGUCCUGGAGCUCGACAUUACCGGUUUUGAAGAGGUCCGCGACCGUAAUGCUAAUGCUAGGUGUGCAUGGUGGCAGAAGGCGCUAUACUAG